AAGGAUAGAGGUGGUUUUAAUCUGGGAACCUCGAAAUCUUCACAGUCAGCCGAAGGAGCCCGUGUUGGCUAGUCACAACUUCAUCCCAAAAGUCCAGAUCGUUUAAACUAAAAAAGUCACCAUGGCGGAUGAUGAGAAAAAAAAGAUCGAUGAGGAAAAGAAGAAGAAGCAGGCGGAAAUCGACCGCAAAAGGGCCGAGGUGAGAGCCCGUAUGGAAGAGGCCUCCAAAGCUAAAAAGGCCAAGAAAGGUUUCAUGACACCUGAAAGGAAGAAGAAACUUAGGUUAUUGUUGAGAAAGAAAGCCGCUGAGGAAUUGAAGAAAGAACAAGAACGUAAAGCUGCUGAACGUAGACGCAUCAUUGAGGAACGUUGCGGAAAACCAAAACUCAUCGACGACGCCAAUGAAGCGAGUAUUAAAGGGUACUGCGAACAGUACUACAAACGAAUCGGGGUAUUGGAAAAUGAGAAAUACGACUUGGAAAAGGAAGUCGAGUUCAGAGAUUUCCAGAUUUCCGACUUGAACAGCCAAGUAAACGACCUAAGAGGCAAAUUCGUUAAACCAACAUUGAAAAAGGUUUCGAAAUACGAAAACAAAUUUGCUAAACUUCAAAAGAAAGCCGCUGAAUUCAACUUCCGUAAUCAACUCAAGGUCGUCAAGAAGAAGGAGUUCACCCUUGAAGAAGAGGACAAAGAGAAAAAACCAGAUUGGACCAAGAAGGACGAAAAGAAGGAGGAUGAACCAGAACCCGCAGCAGAAGCUCCAGCUGAAGCAGCAGCUGCUCCAGCUGAAAGCGAAGCAGCACCAGCACCCGCAGAAGGCGAAGCACCUCCACCAGCCGAAGGCGAACCAAAACCAGAAGGCGAAGCAGCUCCCCCAGCUGAAGGGGCACCUCCUGCAGAAGGCACACCUCCAGCUGAAGGAGAAGCACCCGCAGAAGGAGCUCCUCCAGCUGAAGGUGCAGCUCCAGCCGAAGGCGCACCUCCAGCUGAAGGAGAGGCACCCGCAGAAGGAGCACCACCAGCUGAAGGAGCUCCAGCAGAAGGAGCUGCUCCCGCUGAGGGUGCUCCCCCAGCUGAGGGUGCACCACCAACUGAAGGAGCCCCACCAGCUGAAGGUGCUGCACCAGCAGAAGGUGCUCCAGCUGCCGAAGGUGCUCCUGCACCAGCUGAAGGUGAAACUGCCCCUGCUGCACCUGCAGAAGGAGCUCCCGCUGAAGGAGCGACAGAAGCACCACCUGCAGAAGCAGCAGCACCUGCAGAAGCAGCACCAUCUGCUGAAGAAGCCCCGGCCGCUGAAGCUGCUCCUGCUGAAGCAGCUCCCGCAGAAGCACCCGCAGAAGCGCCGGUAGAAGCGCCCCCAGCAGAAAGUGCACCUACAGAAGCUCCACCAGUGGAAGCUGCAGCGUGAUGAAAGACUAUAAUAAAAAGAUCGAAAAACGAAAAUGACAACGAGUUAUUAUUAUUUAAUAAUUAUAUUCUAUUGUAUAUUAAAUUUAUUGAAUGUUAUUUAAAUAAAAAAUAA